AUGAUUGCAAAUCUCAAUCUAAAAAUAUUUAGAAGAAUAAAACUUCCAUCAUUUUAUUGGCUAAUUGGAAUACUAAUUUCAAUCAUUUUUCUUCAACUAUAUUUUGGAGAUUCAUUUAAUUCAUCAACAACUUCAUCUACUACAUUAUCAAUAAUAAAAUCAUUUGCAUCAAAAAAAUCAAAAUCAAAUAAUAAACCAAUUAUAUUUCCUCAUAAUUUUUUCCAAAAUGAUAAUCAAAUUAUUUCAUUUAUAAAAUAUAAUGAAAAUUUUCUACUAGAAUUAAAUAAUAAAAUUAAACCAAUUUAUCAAAUUUCCAAUAUCAAGAACCCAAUACAUUUUCAGAAGGAAACGUCAUAUACACCAUAUGAGUUCAAAAUAUUCAAUGAUCAACAUCCAAUAGAUUUAAAUCUAUCUCGAUGCAAUGAAAUAGAAUUAAAUACAUCAUUUGAAAUAAGUGAAGCGAAAAAUUUACAAAAUUCAUUAACUCCAAUAGUUAAAAAGAUAUUAGAAGAUAUAGAAAAACCAAAUGGUGAAGGUAAUGCUUAUCUAAAAGAUUUGAAACCAAUGAUGUUACCAGAAUUAAAAUUACAAUUAUCUUUAGGAAUAAUUGAUAAAUUUUGGUUUAAAUUAGCAGAAAGUUCAGUAUGGUUAAAAGAUUAUGGAGUUCAUUAUAUGAUAUCAAGAAUUAUGUAUAGUUCACUGGGUAUAAGAAAUCAACCAUUAUUUUCCCUAAGUUAUGCACAAAUAUUUGAUGAAAAUUGGAAUGAAUUAAAAGGUUAUAAAUUAUUUAUACCUAUUGAAACUAUUGAAGAAUCUUUAAAAGCUGCUGAAGAUGAAAUAAAAUAUAAAGAAGAAUUGGAAUUAAAAUUAAAAAAUAAAAUUAAAGAAGUUGUUGGAGGUGAUAAGAAAAAGAAGUAUAAUAAAAGAGAGACUAAGAAUGAGGGAAACAAUGAAGGUAAUGGAGAUACUGGUAAUAAAGAUAUUGAUUCAACUAAUUCAAAUCAACUUGUUGACACAAAUGUUCAAAUUAAAAUAGAACCUAAAGUUAAACCACCACAAUCUCAAGAUCAACAAAAAGUACCUCCAAAAAUUGAAGAAGUUAUUGAAGAAAAACCACCAAGAAAAUUUGAACAUAAAAUCCUUGAAUUCCCACAAUUUGUAUCAAUUCCAUUUUUUUAUGAAUUAGAUAAUUUAAAUGGUAAAUAUUAUGGACCAGAAGAUCCAAGAUUAAUAUUAAUAAGAAAUAAAUUAGGUUAUGAUGAACCAUUACUUGUAUAUAAUUCAUAUCAUAUUAAACCAGAUUUAUAUGAUGAUGAUGAUGAUAAUAGAAUAAAUCAAAGAUAUGAUUAUUAUAGAUCAAUGUUUUUAGCAUGGCCAUGGCAAAUUAAAUUAAAUAAUCACAAAAGAGAAGUUAAAACAUUAGAAUUAAGUUUACAAGAUUUUAAAAGUUUAAAAACUCAAAAAAAUUGGACACCUUUCAUAAGUUAUCAAGAUAGAUUUGUACAAGAAGAUGGUCUGGGAUAUGAUACUCAUAUUUAUUUUAUUUUUAGAUGGGCUAAUUUAGAUAUUUUAAAAUGUGAUUUAAAAUUUGGAAAUUGUAAAUUUGAAUAUAGAUUAAAUAAAAAUUUAUCACCUAAAAAUCAAGUUGGACCAUUAAGAGGUGGUACUCAAUUAAUAAAUAUCAAUGAAAUAUUAAAUUUACCUACUAACUACCAAAAGGAAAUAUGGGUUGGAAUAGCAAGAGCUCAUUUAGAUAAUUGUGGAUGUGGUAAAACAAUGUAUCGACCAAAUUUAGUUAUUAUUACUAAAGAGAUCAAUUCAAAAGGUAAAUCAAUAUAUAAAUUAUCUCAUGUUUCAUCAGCAUUAACAUUUGAUUUGUAUGUAUUUGGUUGGGAUUUAAUGUAUCCCGAAAAUGUAUGUGAUAGAUCAAAUAUUUUGAUCCCCAAUGGAUUAUCAUUAUGGUCAAUUGAUUAUGAAGAUGAUACAAAAUAUAACGAUAACGUGGCUGAAAUUUUAAAAAAUAUUAAAACUGAUUAUCUUACUUUGACUUUAACAAUAAGUGAUUUUACAAAUUAUAGAUUAAAUAUUAAAGGUUUAUUAAAAAGAAUGAUAGAAUGGGGGAUUUUCGAAACUUCAACUGAUCAAAAUUCAAAAUCAAAUAAUGAUAAUGUCGUAUGUGCAUUAGAUUCAUCAGUUUCAUAUUGUCAAAAUUAUGGUUUACAACAUAAAGAACUUUCAUUACAUAAUUUUGAUCUUGAUUUUGAAGAUUUAGUUAUUGAUCCUUUAAAAGUAAAAUAUUUUAAAUUAACUAAUAAAUAUGGAUUAAGAGGAAUAAAUUAUUUAAAAGAUGAUGAUCUGAAUUGGUAUAAAUGA